GCCACCACAAGAACCACCCUCACUAAAUGCUUCACUUAUGUGUGGCUUGCGGAGGAUCUGUGUAUAUACCAGCGAACCUAGAUCGAAGCAAUGUAGAAGAGGCAUACCUCCAGCCCAGUUGCUCUGGCCUUGAUGCCGGCUUUUUCUCUUCUAAUUCCCGUUGAUUAUGUACACAGCGACUGUCGCGGUGCAUUGGUCGGUUGCGUAGUAGAUGAGGUGUAGAUGUAGGAUAUGGAGUGUCGCCGAUCCCAACACCACCCUUUGUUUCUCCAGUCAUUUAUAUGUGAAAUUUUGAGGACCGGAAGACCAAAUACGCAAGAUCAUUUUCAAUUUUAAAUAUCUUAGCGACAGUGAACGAUCCGCUUGCCUGUGACACAUCUCAUCCUUCCGGCUCCAGCCACAAGAUUUUGACUCUUUACUUCAUUUUCGGCCCACGCUAACCCAAAACAGCCACCUCACCUCCAACAUGAGCCAGCAGAGCAGCCACGAUGUGGUAAAUCAGACCCUGUCGGGCGGCGAGCCUUCGCCUUCCGACGUUCCUGCGAGCACCAAAGACAAGAUCUCUGCUGGAGGGGACGUGGGGGAGACUCAACAUACCACCGCAACAACACAGACCACGACUGAAACGAACGAUCCACAAAGCCAACCAGAGCCCAGUUCUUCCGACACAUCACUCGCGAAGAAUGAGACAGAAAACGAGUCUGAACGACCAUCAACAGAAAAGGAUAUCUCAAAGCAGGGGCCCGGGCCAGUUGCCACGCGAGCACUCGAAAUGAACGGGGUAGCCUCGGUGUCGGAUGCCGGAGAAGACACGGCUUCCCAGGGUGGCUCGGAGUCAGAUGCCAGUCGAACAGACGGUAAGCGUGUGGGCUCGAAGAAGCCGACAACUUUCAAACCCGUUUCUUUCGCCAAAUUUUCCGUGCCCAAAGCCCCGGGAGCGCUUGCUACGGCUAAACCGUCUGAUAAAGCCCCCUCGUCUUUGACUACACCGUUGGGCGGUCCAUUGCAGAGCUCUCGUCCGCGCUUGGUGGCCAAGACGACCAGCGGCCUCCGUGACUCGCUCUCAAAGUCAGGAACAGGUGCAGGCAAGGCUGGUGCGGGUGGACCUGAUCCAAAUCAGGUCUGGAACAAGAAUAGACCCGUGCAACCUACGCCACCCAAGCACUUGACAGAUGAGGAACUCAAGCAGCAAUACGGAAUUCAUAUGACCUCUCGCAUCCAAGAAGAUGGUGGUGGGACCGAGGCGAAAUGGGCCGAUAUCGAUGACGACGAAGACGACUGGGCUCCUGAGACGAUCGAAUGGACUGAUGGCACCAAGACGAGCCUUACUACUCAUACGGAGGCAGUACACGCUCCCGGCCAAGACACCAAGACGGCGAAUGAAGCGAAGGUCGAUUCUCCUGCACCAGAGCAAGCCCCUGCCAUUAAAGAGGUGACCAAGAUCGUCACGAAGCCCACAACGACUAUCGGACCCAAUCCUACCGUUCUCAGGCUUGGCGCAAAUGCGGAAAGGCAGGCGAAGAGCGCAACCAUCUUGUCGAAAGGACCAAACGACAAGGCAUCCUUGUCGUCCACGAGCCCAGCUCCUCCAUCUAAAUCACCUUGGGCCCCACUGCCGCCUGUUGAAAAGGCAUCCCCAGUGAUGCCGCCUGUUCAAGUUCAACCUCCCGGCCGUGCUCCUGUCAGAGAACACCAAGUUAGCGAACCGCCUACCGGAAUUGUCCACCCAAAGGAGAUUGCGGCGGAUGACUUCAAUCGAUCGUGGAAGGACACGCACUCUGGAACAACUCGUGAAUUGUACAACUCUAGAUCGGGUCGCUAUGAGCCUGUACCAGAGAGGAAAGCGCCGUGGCGAGCUGAGCAGCAAGGCUUCCGCCCUUCUUCUCUUUUACAGCGGCCGACACCAGGUGAGCAGGCAGGACCUGCGGAGCCUUCUCCAGCAUUCCAAACUCAUCGGUCAAGUGGCCAAGAUGCCGGGCAUUGGACGCGUCGGCGAACUUCAUCCAACGUCAGCGGAGGAAGUGGGAGCUUUGGACGUCGGAUGUCGAUCGGCCGCCCUGAUGGGCCGCAGAGAACGUUUGAAGCAAGAAGAGGCUCGCAGGUCAAUGGAAUCAUAGACCCGUCCCUUCAGAACAGAGAGUCGGUGCAUCCGAAGGACGUAUCUAUGCACGAGGCUUCCUCGGCCCGCCAUCCACCAGGUCCAACAUGGCCUCCACGUGCAGCUGCGGGCCCGCCGGACAGUGUCGCGAACGCACCUCGAGCUGCGUCUCAGUCAUCUGUGCCUCCGGCUCCAGAAGCUCAGGAUGCUACAGCGCAAGCGCCGCAGGAAGAUCCCGUCGCGAUGCAGGAACGUAUCAUGAAGGAAAAGCGACUUGAAGCUCGGCAGCGCAGGUUAGAGCAAGAAGAGAAGGAGGAAGCUGCAAAACGUGAAAGAAUUCGACAGAAGCUGGAGGCACUGGGUCCACCGCCCGAGAAACCAAAAUCCAAAAACAAGGAGUCUCUGGAAGGUGAUAAAGCGGAAGCCAAGGCGUCCCUGACCGUCACGCAAGCAGCACAAUCCCCUCCUAAACCCCCGGUACCAGAGCCAACUGGCGAACCGAAGCAAUACGGGAUGAUGAAAGUCCAUCAUCCCGACGCCGUCAAAAAGCUCGUCGCCGCGAAUGAAAAAGAACGAGCUGCUGAACGGUCGGCUCCCGCGGUCAAUGCUCGACGUCCUGCUUCGCCAGCUCGCGAUCCUAAACUGGAGGCUACCACAGGACCUCAGGAGACUAGCGAUUUUCGGCAGUCCCGUCUUCCUGAGAAAUUGCCCGAAGCAACAAUUGAAGAGCCGAGUUCCCAAUGGAAGAGUAAUCUUAGUACUUCGAGCUCAUAUUCCCCUUGCCCUCGGGGCUUCCCGUCGAGAGACAUCUCCCUUCGUGGUCCUCUCGGCCUCGACCAACCUGCAAUCUCUUCUGGCCCACAACCGUUUUCUGCCCCCUCUCGACCCCAACAAGAGCCUACGUCAAUCUCUCCUUUGCCUUCUACCGAUGUUCGACAUGCGCAGUACGACUCUAUGACCCCGGUUGUCCGACCAGGGCCAAUAGGGCCUCCAAGUGUACACCAGUCUCAUUGGCAACAGGAACCGCGUGUUACCGGUACUACCGCUUGGAAUAAUUUUCACGCGGUUGCUGCUAAACGUGAAGCGGAAGAGAAUGAGAAGCUCCUAAACGAGAUGAACACAAUGCGGGAUAGCCAGCCUUUGCAUGCCACAUUCAAUGAAACAUGGCGACAGGUCCGCACUGGCGACCAGAGUGGACAGAGGCAGGUUGUCGGUAUUCAUAGGCCAACCGACACUUCAAGUUCGAUCUCCAACCAUCUGCCUGGUUUCGAUCAUCCUGUCGCGACUCUACCCUUCGCUGAUACUCAUGCUCGUCCACUGAACAGUGUGCCAGUUCGCAGUUCUCGAUUCUUCCCUCAGGCCACGGAGCAAUAUAAACGGCCGGCCUUUGAGGAAGAUGAGCAUUUCCGAAGCCCGUCUCCACCACCACCAGAGGAACUGUCGAGUCAUCCAGUAUAUAUGACUGAUUCUACCCGACCUUUGGUCCACCUUCCCGCCCCUAAACCCAUUGUCAAACUACCGCCGAAAAUCGUUGCGCCGCCACCACCUCCUACAUUUGCUUCUAUGGUUGCCGCUCCUCCUCGCGUCCCAGCUCAAGCUCAACCCAUCUCAGCUGCAACCUCCUGGCAGGAGAAGAUCAACUGUCUUUUCGGCAAGAAGACUGUACAUGAGAAGAAAAAUGCUUUGGCAGUCACGUCAGCAUCGAAAGAACCUCUCGAUGUCCAGCUUCAUAUUGCUGCAGUGUCUGUAUCUCUCCCCCUUCUUGCUGAGAAUAUGACUCAAGUUGGCGACGGAAUAGCCAGCGCCAAGCAAGUCGAAGAGACUGAGGAGAUCUUCGAGGAUCGCGAAGCAGGUUCUUUGCCUGUUGUUCGAGUUCCCAAUGCUGCGCCUCCAGCAGCUUGGCAUGCCGCUCCAGCACCGUCCCAAUCCCGGUUACGGUUCAAGAGUCUCAAGCCGAUGCAAAUCCACAGCAUCGAGCCUUUUAUUUUGGGCCUCGGUGACAGGGAUUCAUCUGGCAAUUUUCGGGUGUCCAUCCGCUUCCCCGGCGCUAUCGCUGCGAAAACCGUGACUCUUCCAAAGAAGGCAGGAAGCCAAAAUCCUCGACAGCGCGGGCCUUCGACUUUCAAACCACGAAAGAAUACAAAAGCUCGGGAAGGUCCUGGAAACUCUAAUACCAAGAAGACAGCCACUACUCAGCAGAACGGCGGCAGCGCCUCUUCGCCCCGGCAUCAACCGCGGAAUACAGCGUGGGCACCGCGCACAAUUAGCGCAUCUCACUAAGCUGGUCCAGCUUAUUCAUGUGGAGGAAUGCGCCUCUAUUCUUCGAAAUUACGUCUGUUAGCUCUGCCGUGGCAAUUCUCGGGUUUCGGAUAUUCAUUCAGCGGUUUCUUCGGUAUCUGGUGAGCAACGCAUAUGGGAUAUCGAACGGGUUUGCGUUUGCCUUGAACUUCUAGUACUCUUCUCAAUGUCCUUUGCAUCGUACAUUAUCCUCAUCAGUACUCGAUUCGAAGUAACAGUCUCAUGGUGAGAGACACAACAGUCACAUAUAACAUUCUCUUCCUCAUACACCGACAUCACUUCAACCUCGAUUCUCAAUCGAUCAGUCGAUCUUCGUGCUACUUAAUAUGUAUCAUUGUCCGUGCAGCUGUUCUAUCACUUAUUUUUCGAGGUCUUCCUGGUAAUUCAGAAAAGGCAUCAGACAGCUCCUCGUAUUAUUUCAGUGUCGGAAUCAAUGCAAGAUGAAACAAACACUCAACCAGUGCUGUAUUUAAGUUCGGC